AUGUCAAUGGUGUCAGGAUUCGGAAACGGUGUGGACCGGAAAGGGAGUGACGUCCGGAGUGUGCGCUGUCAGAUUGAGAACACUCCGCGAUCUUCCCGGAGCGGAGAGAUCCCACCCAGACAGCCGGAUCCACGAAUGGUAACAAGGUGCAUGAUGCGGAGGCCGCUCAUCAGAAAGCGGCCGGCGUCACGGAGAGGAGGUCUUUGGGGCAAGGGGGGCCAGACCGAGCCCCUACAACUGAGUUCCACCCACGGGCAACCCGCCCAUGGUGGGUGGUGUGCGUCCUGCAUCUCCGGCGACCCCACCCGCUCCCGAGGGUGCUGUGUCCCCCCGAGGAUUUUUGCUGGUGCCAAUCGUGACUGGCGGACUUCGCACCCGGAGAUUGCUGCCCUGGGGCGGUUGCCGCUUCCUCUUUUCGCGCAGACUUUGCGCUAG